UCAGCCAAUCAGCGUUUGAUUUUUCUGGAGGUGGCCAUUUUUAAAUGCCAUAAGCGACUGCAACUUGGCAUAGAGUGUGUGCGUGUGCUUUUUCGGAAGUUUUGGAGCCUCGUAUUUAGGUCCCAGUCUGCUGCUGCACCAGGUAUUGUAGCUGUUCAACAGCGCACAACUUCCAACUGCAUUAUAAACAUAUUUGGUCUGAAAACAAUGGACGUGUGUGCUGUAGUUCGACAACUCCGUCAGCUGGCAUCAGAUCAAAAGAACAGAGAAGCUAUUGUGAAGGACCAAGGAUGUUUACCGGGAUUAGUUCUAUUCCUAGACAAUGAUGAUGUCAGUGUGGUGGUUACAGCAUUGGAGACUCUACAGCUAUUGGCUGAUUGCCCCAGCAAUCGUCCAAUCAUGAAGAAGGAACUGGGCAUGCUCAUCAGCCUUCAGGAUAUCAUGGACAAAUCAAAGUAUGGCGUGAGGGCUCAAAACUUAGCCAGAGACAUUUACGGCACAUUGACGACCCCGCCCAGCCCCAGCCCCCUGAAGGAAACCCAGAACACAACCCAGCACAAACCCUCGACCAAACCAAAAGAUAAUAAAGCAUUCUUCCUGGGUUCCAACAACAAGAAAGGAAAAGUCGUCAUGUUACAAUUGAACGGGCUGAAUGAUCAGGCUCAAAGGAAAGCCUGCGAAGAAGAACUUCUUAAGGUCAAAGGGGUCAUCAGUUUCACCUUUGACCUUUUCAAAAAGAGAUGCAUCCUGAGAACCAAAGCUGAACUCAGACCGGAGCUCCUUGUUGCAGCAGUUGCACGGACUGAGACUGUAUCAGCUAAACAAAUUAUCCGGAAUGAAUAUGGAGAAGAAGUCUUGCUGUCCUUCGGUGCGGACCCUGGGACAGCCGACAAAGAGAACAGGUCCCGACCUGACUACCUACCGGAAGACGACAGCCCAGUCAAGGGACUAGACAAGGCGAUGGUGCGUCAAGGACAGAUGGACCAGCAACAGAAAUCUAGCUGGCUGAGUACCGCAGCAUCCUUCAUCUCAACUAGCUUCUACUGGUGAUCAUGGAUUAAAGUGGGUGGAUCCAGGAAAAGGCUGUUGGGCUGAAGCACCCCCCCCCCCCAAAAAAAAAUGGGGGGGCACGGGCAAAUGUACACCUUUAAGCCGACUGUCUGGUGUUUGAUAUUGUCAUGCAGCCCCGUUUGGUCUAAUUUCUGGGUCCGCCUCUAGAUGACUGUAUUAUUGUACAUGUUUGUAAAUGAGUGAUUUUGUAAGAUGUUUUUUUUUCUGUGUUUCCCCAUCUAUUACAUUGUAAAGCCAUUGCAAGGAUGAAAAUCUGUUCCCAAAAGAACGGGUGUCCAACCUGAGCACAGCCUCGGGUUGACCUGUGAUUUGCUUGCGCCGCGACGGAGCCGUCGGCAUCAAGCAGAAAAGUAAUGCUCGGGUCUCAAAACUGAGAAAUUGUUUGAUACUAACCUUGUGGAAGAAGCUGCAUCUCGACACAAAAUAAUCGCAACCAUGCUCAUGUCAUCCACGACGUAAUGACGAUUCCUCAGCACAGACGUGGUCAUGUGACGUCUUCAAAAUGUCGGUGCGCAUGGUGAUAGCUGUCCGACAAUCAUCCACAGCCACGCCUGUUCAUUCGACCGUUUUUGCUGAAUGCUGAUUGGUUUACAAAAUGAAAUGCGAUAAUCCGGAUGCGCCCACGAUGUCGAAACUUCACACCGGUUGACCGCAAUUGCUUCCUGCCUGUCAGGAACACGUUCAGUCGUGGUGCAGAAGUUUUUCUUCUCUUGAGACCGAUGCUGAUCAUCUCAAUAUCGCCGCAGUUAAACUCAGGUCACAAAAAAAUCGGCAGCUUACAUGUUCCCGAAGGUGGUAGCUUUGGCGCAGGUUGAUCCUGAAAAGUCGGUCACCGACUGUUCUGUCUCGUCGCAAGGUCGACCUGAGGGUGGCCUCAGUUCACUGAAGCAAAGUUGUCAUGCUGUCAUUGACGAGCAGUUUUGGUAAAGAUGGGACAGCGAAUAUGUCCAUUUGAAUGAGGAAAAGCAUUCACAGUUUUGAAACUAAAAUGGGCAUUUUUGAAAGAAAUCAAAAGCCUUUUUUUUACAAUGGACCAGUCCACUAUAAAGGUCCGCCCCAUGGUGGUUUGACCAACCGCAGCGGUGAUUAACCCUAACCAAACUCAACCCAACAAAGUUCAACAGCAGGUUUUGUUUAAAUCUGUUGGGAUAGGUACAGUUCCCCUAAACUGAUGGUCUUUUACACUGGGGUUGGCAUACCUCCAGAAACUACGUCCAACAGUGCGUGUGUAUGAUUUCCCAUGUGGGUGUUGGAAUUUGCCAGAAUGGGUUUGGUUCCUAGUAAAUUAGGCUGGGUAGUUAGGGUUAAUGUCCGACAUGCGUGCAUUUUCGUAUGACACACACGCAUCUUGAACGUGCAGUGUAGCAUUGAAGAGACGCACAUGUUGUUGCUUGUGUGCAGUGGAGGGGGCCUAACGGAUCAUUCUAUUGAAGGAGAGCGUAAAGUUUGAAGAGUAUCAAAGCUGCACUGUCCAAAGUUUGGGAGUUUUUUUGUAAUUGAAAACGGUAACGUUAAAAAUGUGUUUCAUUAACUGCAAAUGACGUUACAUGAUUUGCUUGAGAAAUAAACACAUUCUUUAUUCACCUCUUGUUACUACAAACUCGGCCGGACCUAGCCAAAAUGUUUGUUAUAUCUGAAUUUUGUAUUAAGAGUGCCCAUCCCAUUCAUUGUGCAUACAUUAAAUGCACAGUCGGGACCACGGCAUUAUGUUUGCUAUAUCUAGAAUUUGCAUUAACAGUGUUUGUAUUAAUGAGAGUCGACUGUAUUCCUUGUGUUUGUAAGAUUUAGUUUUUUGUUUUGUUUAUAUUGUUAACAGUUUUGAUAUUAUUGUCUAAGAAAUGGAAAAAAACUUGUAAAUAGAUGUUAAUUAUUUUCA